CGCUCUCUCUCCGGCUCGGCUUCAGAUGAGCCGCCCUGUAAAGUUAGAGAGAAAAUCGUGAGAGAGUUCUGCCUGAUGAAGUGAUGAUACUUGAUGAAGUUGUGAGAGUUUCGUUUAAAGAGAGAAUAACGGGUCUGAAACAAUUAGGGCAACAACUCAGAAGCCUUUAAAUCAUCUCAGCGGGCAAGUGAGAUGCGUGAUUUUUUUUUUUUUUACAAAAAUUAUCCCACCGAUGACAGCAGCGUUUUUUUGCUAAAUUAACCAUCAUUUGUUCUUCUACACAUAUGCGUCAUUUUAAGAUGCCCGGGGAGUUUGUGCGUAAAAGUGCGCGCUUCUCCGUUGCGCACCACGCUCGCUUCCCGUACUAUCCUUAUCUUCAUCUUCGUUGGAUUUAGAGCUGAGCAGCAAGAGCAGUUCAGCCGUCAAACCAUCCGAAAAUGGCUGAGCUCCGUCCCACCCGAAAAAGCGCCGCUGCUCCGCCUCUAACGGGGAUCAUUUGCGUUUUGUUGCUCCUUUUCGUCUCCGUCGCCUCCGCGAGUCGUGAUGUUGGAAACAACGAGACGCGGAGAAAUGCAGCCGGAGAGAGAUCAGAGGACUCCCAUCAUCAAACUAACUCCACUGCCCACAAAAAGGCUUUCCCUGUCCUCUCCCUCAACUACGACCACGUCAGGAAGCCCUUUGAGAUCGCCCUGUGGAUCCUCCUGGCCCUGCUCAUGAAACUUGGUUUUCACAUGAUGCCCCGAGUGUCGAACGUCGUCCCAGAGAGCUGCCUGCUGAUCGGCGUCGGUCUGCUGGUGGGCGGCAUCAUCAAACUCAUCCAAGAUAAAACCCCCGUCCUCGACACCAAGCUCUUCUUCCUCUACCUGCUGCCUCCCAUCAUCCUCGAUGCCGGCUACUUCCUGCCCAUCCGGGCCUUCACGGAGAACAUGGGCACCAUCCUGGUGUUCGCGGUGGUGGGGACCCUGUGGAACGCCUUCUUCAUCGGCGGGAUGAUCUACGGCGUGUGUCAGAUCGAAGGCACCCAGCUGGCCAGCGUGGACCUGCUGUCCUGCCUGCUGUUUGGCACCAUCGUCUCGGCCGUGGACCCCGUGGCCGUCCUGGCCGUGUUCGAGGAAAUCCACAUCAACGAGCUGCUGUACAUCCUGGUGUUCGGGGAGUCGCUGCUCAACGACGCCGUCACCGUGGUUCUGUAUCACCUGUUCGAGGAGUUUUCUCACGCAGGAACCGUGACCGUGGCCGACGCCUUCCUCGGCGUCAUCUGUUUCUUUGUGGUGUCUCUGGGAGGCAUCCUGGUGGGAGCCAUCUACGGCCUCCUGGGUGCCUUUACCUCCCGCUUCACCUCACACACCCGAGUCAUCGAGCCCCUGUUUGUUUUCCUCUACAGCUACAUGGCGUACCUCUCCGCUGAGGUCUUCCACCUGUCAGGCAUCAUGUCGUUGAUAGCAUGUGGCGUGAUAAUGCGGCCGUACGUGGAGGCCAACGUCUCCCACAAGUCGUACACCACCAUCAAAUACUUCAUGAAGAUGUGGAGCAGCGUGAGCGAGACGCUCAUCUUCAUCUUCCUCGGUGUUUCCACGGUGGCGGGUCCUCACGCCUGGAACUGGACCUUCGUCAUUGUCACCGUGGUCCUCUGUCUGGUGUCGAGAGUGCUGGGAGUCAUUGGCCUCACGUAUAUCAUUAAUAAAUUCCGCAUCGUGAAGCUGACCAAAAAGGACCAGUUCAUCUUGGCCUACGGUGGCCUGCGAGGUGCCAUCGCCUUCUCACUGGGGUUCCUGCUGACCGACGAGAUGAAGAUGAAGAGCAUGUUCCUCACCGCCAUCAUCACCGUCAUCUUCUUCACCGUCUUUGUGCAGGGAAUGACGAUCAGGCCUCUGGUGGAGCUUCUGGCCGUGAAGAAGAAGAAGGACAGCAAAGGGUCAAUUAAUGAGGAGAUUCACACACAGUUCCUGGAUCACCUCCUCACGGGAAUCGAAGACAUCUGUGGUCAUUAUGGACAUCAUCACUGGAAAGACAAGCUGAGCCGCUUCAACAAGACCUACGUGAAGAGGUGGCUGAUCGCGGGCGAGCGCUCCACCGAGCCUCAGCUCAUCUCCUUCUACAACAAGAUGGAGAUGAAACAGGCCAUGAUGCUGGUGGAGAGCGGGAGCGCCGCCAAGCUGCCCGCGCUCCUGUCCUCCGUCUCCAUGCAAAACAUUCAGCCGAGAGGGUCGGCCAGAGGACGGGCCAUCCCGAGCAUCUCCAAGAGUCGAGAGCAAGAGAUCAGAAAGAUUCUGCGAGGAAACCUGCAGAACACCAGGCAGAGGCUUCGCUCCUACAGCAGACACGACCUGUUCAUCGACCCGUUUGAGGACAACGUGAGUGAAGUCCGCUUCAGGAAGCAGCGUGUGGAGAUGGAGAGGAGGAUGAGUCACUACCUCACAGUUCCUGCAAACCGCCAGGAAACACCGCCAGUGAGAAAAGUCUGCUUUGAACCAGAACACCGGGUUUACACUUACGAUGACAGCGAGAGUCCCCGAGGCCAGGCGGCUCAGCCGCGUCCCAGCCCCCCCGAUGCCGUCAGCCUGUUGAGCGAAUCCCCCCCGGGGCCCAAACAGAGCGGCAAGCUUGGAGCCAAAGUGCCGGACCAGGAGCAGGAGGAGCAGGACCAACUGAAACUAUCACGCUGCCUCAGUGACCCCGGUCCAAACAAGGAAGAGGACCUCUCAUGAUGAAGCACAUCAUUUACAGUUUUUGAAAUCAGAGGAUGGAUCUCAUGUCAUCUGUUGCACCCAAUGAGUGGAGACCCCUGAUGUAGCAAAGCUUGAUAUUUCUGAAGUUUUUCCAGAAGUUCGUAAGGAUUUUUAUCGUGUAACAUAUUACCAAAGCAUGCACCACUGGCCAUUCACCAUUUCAGGGUUAUAUUACAGCCAGAAGUGAGCAGAGUGUCAGCAUUUUUGUGUGUCAUAACAAGCAGACUUCCAUCAAAUAGAAGAUCACUUGUUUUAACAAGCUUGAGGCACCAGAUGGGUGGAGUUUACUCCCUCAAAGCACAGUAUAACGAAUCUACAUGAUGUGGUAUUACUAUCGCUAUAUAUCGAUUUAUCGAUAUAUCUUUAGCAACAAGGCGUUGAUGCACAGAACUACCAAAGAUGUGUUCGAUGUUAGAGGCAUUUGAUGCCCUAAUAUUAAAAAUAGUCUUGCAUGUAUUAUAAAUUAUAUUAAAACUCGCAGAUAUUUAUAUUGUUAUCGAUCAGGCUACCCUGGUGAAGUAGAAAGCAGAAAUCUGGGGUUCCAAGAAUAUUGAAAUACCUUAAAAGUCAAGAAGAAACUGUAACAAAUAUUGUUUGACCGAGGUCUGUGAACAAGCGUUUAACAUUGCUGCAUGACUGGUCGGUGUUUUCUCAGGGACUGCGACAAGGCACAGUAUUAACAGAUGUAUUAACAGACGGCCUCUGCAGAAAGAAAAUAGCUGUUUCUGUCCAGAAUGUGCUCCACUUGUCUCUAUUCAUACCGGGACUGUUUUGUGAGUUUCUGUAACAUUCCAGCAGUAUUGGAGUUUGUGAAUUUUUGUUGUGUGACACGGCUCUGCAUAUCUGUGUUCCUGGUAACUGAGCAUGCUUUGAGGUUAAAGAGGUGAAUCGCCUUUUCAUAUCUGCACUGGACUGCCUGAGCUUCUGCUGCCUGCACAUGUUUGCCUUAAAACAUAUUGCUUUUUGUGUGGUAUCCAGUCGAAGUAUUUUUCUAUUUUGAAAAAAACAAAAGUCAUAAACAUUCUCAAAUGAAGGAGAGCUUUAAUUACUGUGUAAAAUAAAGAAUAUGCCAUUGCUUAAAUUCAGGGAUUUUGUGGGAUUUUUGGAUGUGAAAGCAUCUUCACAUCCAUCCUCCUGGUUUAUCUGGUGUCAUAUUUCAUCCACACGUUACUU